UCUGUAUGUGUUGGGGGGAAACCGUCUUGUGCAUGCAAAUAAACGAUUAGUUUCUGUUUUGUGUUUUGCUAUGCGGAAUCUGUUUUCGUCCCGCUGAUAAAACAGCAGACCUCCCCUCUCUCUGUCCGCUGUUGUUUUUCUCGUGUCUCAAAAUGAACUGAUGACGAGUUGAAAAUGGCGGAUCUUUCGAAAUCCAACCCGGGCCUGAAAUAGAAACGUAGCUCCGCUGGCCGCUUUUCCGCAGCAGGACCGACUCUUCAUCUCCACACCUCACACUUUUCAGCCUGGACACAGUCUUAUAUCUGUCCGGCUUCAUCUGCGAGCUGCGUAGCGUAGCGCAAUGUCGCUGUUUGGUGCAAAAAUCGGUCAACGCUUGUUGAAGAAUUCCUAAAGCUGACUCGCCUCUCUCUGACCCAUCAUCACUGAGUGCAUGUGAAAGGAUGGAUGUGGUGUCGCCUGAUCUGAACAGUAUCCUCCCUGAUGAGAUCAUGGACACCGAGGCCAUUGCCAUGGAGGAGGACCCCCCCAACGAACCCUCUUCCUCCUCCACCUUGUCAGAGACUGAGCCAGCUCAGGUUCCUAUGGAAACAGAGGUGCCUGAAAUUGUAGGCUUGUGUCCUGCUACCACGCCGACACAGAAGACACAAGCUCUGACCACGUCCACCACCACAGACUCCACUCUGUGCAGCAACAGCUCUGGGACGCAGCUUCUUGUGACCUCCUCUUCCUCUUCUGGCCUUAAGCCUCUUACCACCUCCACAACCCAGUCCAGCAGUCCUGUGGUGGGUCAGACCCUACCCAAGCUCUCUGCCCCUAUAACGCUCCCAGCCAACCACCAGCUCAUCCUCAACAAAGUGGCCGUCUCCCCGGCUGCAGAUGGCAAGCCUCCAGGCACAGCUGUCCUCAAGCAGGAAGGCCAGAAACUCUUGGUCACUGGCCUUAGUAAGACAGGCCAGCCACUUGUGCUGGCUUUGCCUCACACGUGGAGCAAGCCUGCCACAUCUCAGGGCACGGGGGACGGCAAGGCUCAGACGACACAGUUUAAAGUGGUGACAGCUGGGGCAAGAACAGACCUGAAGCCUGUGAUUGGAGUGCAGGCAGUGAGCUCUGCCAGCCAGCUGCUGGGGUCCUCCACACCUCUACAGGCCCAGCAACUCAAGACUGUUCAGUUUACAAAAAAGACACCAGUCUCCACAGCAGGACCCAUGAUAACGAAGCUGAUCAUCACAAAAGCUUUGAACAACAAGGGGCUGACGAGUCAGGCUGCGGUGCAGGCUCCUGUUGUCACAGGGAGGGUCCUUUCACAGACCACACCAUCGACUCCUCCGCGUAGCAUUGCUGUCGGAGAAUCGGUCAGUACAGUGCCACAGAGCAUCUCCAGCAGCAGCAGUAAAGUUGCCAUUUCUCCCCUCAAAUCUCCCAGCAAGCUGACAGUGGUUUCAGUGGCCAGCCAGUCUCCGAACUCUCCUCAGAAGCCGGUGGCACUGCCUCUGAAUGUGGCUCUGGGCCAGCAGAUCCUCGCUGUCCAGCAGACUUCUACAACCUCCCCGGUAAAAGUAGGAACCAGCCAGUCCACUGCCCAGGCAGUGAAGCCAGUGCAGACAGUGGCAGUAGGUGGGGUUGGCCAGCCACAGUUUAAAACUAUCAUACCCCUGGCCACACAACCCAAUGUGCAGCAAAUCCAGGUUCCUGGCAGCCGCUUCCAUUAUGUGCGACUGGUUACAGCAACCACAGGGGGCAACACACCACAGACAGCCAGCCCCAGCACUAACACCAACCCUGCAAUCCAGCCAGCCAAGCCUAUGAUGAUGAACACUGCUGCAGUGAGGAUGUCUGUUCCCAUAGUCCCAGCACAGACAGUCAAACAGGUAGUGCCAAAGCCCAUGACCUCCGCAACCCAGGUGGUGACCACCAGCCAGACACAGCAGCGACUCAUUAUGCCAGCUACCCCACUGCCUCAGAUACAGCCCAACCUGACAAACCUGCCCCCAGGCACCGUGCUGGCCCCAGCCCCGGGUGCUGGGAGCAUGGGCUAUGCUGUGCUGCCAGCCCAAUAUGUCACACAGCUCCCACAGUCGGCAUUUGUGACUUUGGCCAGCAGCUCAGGUUUCUCCACCCCCACCUCCAUUCAGACCCAGGCCAGGCUUCCUCUCAACGGUUUAUCAGCAUCAGAUACAACUUCAAGACCACGAAAGCCUUGCAACUGCACCAAGUCACAGUGCUUAAAACUGUAUUGUGACUGCUUUGCAAAUGGGGAAUUUUGUAACAACUGCAACUGUGUAAAUUGCUUCAACAAUCUUGACCAUGAGAGUGAACGGCUGAAAGCCAUUAAGGCUUGUUUGGACAGAAACCCAGUGGCUUUCAAGCCCAAGAUUGGCAAAGGAAAAGAAGGAGAAUCAGACCGAAGACACAGCAAAGGCUGCAACUGCAAAAAGUCUGGCUGUCUGAAGAACUAUUGCGAGUGCUAUGAGGCAAAGAUCAUGUGCUCCUCAAUCUGUAAGUGCGUGGGCUGUAAAAACUUUGAGGAGAGUCCAGAGAGAAAGACUUUGAUGCAUUUGGCUGAUGCUGCAGAAGUGCGGGUGCAGCAACAGACUGCUGCUAAGACCAAGCUGUCUUCUCAGAUAUCAGACCUGCUUACCAGAACCACACCGGCCAUCACCAGCGGAGGGGGAAAGUUGCCAUACACGUUUGUAACGAAAGAGGUGGCAGAGGCGACGUGUGACUGCCUGCUGGAGCAGGCAGAGAAGGCCGAGCUGACAAACCAGCCACAGGCCCUGGCCGAGAGGCUCAUCCUAGAGGAGUUUGGCCGCUGCCUCCGCAGAAUCAUCAGCUUUGCUAGUAAAGCCAAGACAGACUGCUCCAUCAACUGCUAGGACUGACCUGCCAGGCCUGACCAGGCUGCACUAUAGGGCCCUGGUUUAGGGCAAGACUUCAGCUAUUUGUUAGGCCUUAGCUGACUGGUCACAGAUCAGAGCUUGGCUGAACUCAUGCUCCCCACCAGCUGCAAUGCAAUUCCCUGGAUGUAUUUCAUGCUUUUGGCUCACAUAAAAGGCUUUAAGUCUUCUUGGUUAUCCUACAUGGAGAUCAAUGGAUGCAGGGAUUACAUGGGCUAUACUGGAUGCAGAGAGAGACUCUGAAUUCCAGUGCUUCCCAAAGACGUCUGGGUUGUGGGGAAGAAAAGAUGGGCUGGGUGAAAUGAGCUUGUACGCUGUACAGCGCAGAGGAGGACUACAUCGGGGUUGGCCACAAGGCCUGUCCUGUAUCACAGUAGCCUUUAUGUGUGGGCUUGCACAGUUUGCUUAUUUGGAGGAGAUUUUUAAGG